AGCCACGACCACCUUUGCCGCCCCGGCGGUUCUACUGGUCAGCUUGCUUGCUCGGCCGCAUAAAAACACGUGCUUUGUCACACACGACAACAUCCUCCGCUUGAGCCUUCCCGCACGGCUCACCCAAAUAGCCUGGACUCAUCCCCCGAGCGCCUUGCGAGCCACCGCCAGGAGAGGACCAAGAAGCCACCCACUCCGAGAAGCCCGCUCAGCUCAAAAGCGCCGCCCGCCCGGGGAGCUCCCCCGCACGCAAUGAGCGGCGCACUGCCCGCACCACACCGGCCAACGACGACCAGCAGGUGGAGAUGCUGCUAGCCGCGACGGCCUGCUGCUUCCUCGCCGACGAGGCCAAGAAGAGCCAGGACGGCGGCGGCGGGGGCGGGGGAGGGGGAGGGGGAGGAGGAGGGCUGGGGAUUAGCCCGGUGGUCCUGGUCGUGGUGCUGGUGCUGGCGGCGCUCGUGUUCGUCUCCGGCCUGCUGCACCUGCUGGUCCGGUUCCUGCGGUGGCGCGCCCGCGCGCGCACCGGGGCGACGGAGGAUGGGGGCAGCGAGGUGGACGGAGGAGGCGGAGGCCGGGGGGCUGGGGAGGAGUCGGCGCUGCAGCGGCAGCUGCAGCAGCUGUUCCACCUGCACGACUCCGGGCUGGACCAGGCCGUCAUCGACGCGCUGCCGGUGUUCCUCUACGGGGAGGUGGUGGUCGGCGCGGGCGCCAAGGAGCCGUUCGACUGCGCGGUGUGCCUGUGCGAGUUCGCCGGCGACGACCGGCUGCGGCUGCUGCCGCUGUGCGGCCACGCGUUCCACAUCGACUGCAUCGACACCUGGCUGCUCUCCAACUCCACCUGCCCGCUCUGCCGCCGCGUGCUCGCGGCCGACGACGGCGGCGGCGACGCGGCCCUCCUGCUCGACGAGGGGUGGGGGCGGGAGGGGGAGGGCGCGGUGUUCCCCGUCCGCCUCGGCAAGUUCAAGAGCACGGCCAGGGCGGCCGGCCACGUCCAGCACGACGGCGGCGGCAUUGUGGCGGCGGAGGAGGGCGACGCGGGCAGCAGCAGCAGCAGCCUGGACGCCAGGCGGUGCUACUCCAUGGGCUCCUACCAGUACGUGCUCGCCGAGGCCAGCCUGCAGGUGUCCGUCCACCGGCGGCACGGCGACGGCGGCGCCGCGGAGAGGAUGAGGGGCCCGAGAGGGGUCGUCGCGAACCCGGCCGGCCUUGGCGGCGGGGGCGGCGGCGAGGGGAAGAGGAUCGGGGCCGGCAGCAAGGGCGACAGCUUCUCGGUGUCCAAGAUCUGGCAGUGGCCGCGCAACGGCAAGGGGAAGCUCCCCGUGCUCGCGUCCGACGGCUCGCCGGCGGUGGACGGCGCGCUGCAGUGGCCGAGGAGGAGCGUCGGGGAGUCGUGACACCAUGAAUGAAAAGAAGAAGAAAAAAAUGCUGUUUUUUUUGUUUUCUUGGUACGGUGCACCGCGUUCGUACUUGGUUGCGACUUGCAAACUCUCUAGAGCUAAUUUCUAGUACUAGAAGUACGAGUGUUUUUGACUGCUCUUGAAUCUGCUGAUGAUCACCAUUAGUACGUAUGUGCUUGCAAAACUACUGUGCUGCCGGUUUUAGAAAUUCAGGGUGGCCUUCUAGGUUCA